UAAGCGUGACGUAGGGAGUAGUCAGUAAUAGUGUACUACCAUAAAACUUGUCUUAAACCCUAAUUGAAAGAGGAAGACCCCUCUUUUUGCGCGUGGCAGAGAAGUUAGGGUUUAGUAAAUUAUGAGCAAAGACACGUCUUUUUUGUUCUCCGGCAUCAAAUUUAACCGUAAGAAGUUCGCCGCCGAUUUCUCCAAGUUCAAGGAAAAGAAAGAAAGUGCGGUUAAAAAUGAAGAAAUUUUCGAAGAUGAAAGCUCUGCAUCUGAGGCGGAGACAAUGCCAAUUGUGAAGAAGAGGAAAAGAAAGUCCAAGUCUACAUCUUCAGCCCCGGUGGAAGGAUUCAAUGUAUUCAAGUCUUCAACUUCAGAGAUUGUACCAAAAGAGAUUGAUUCCUCUGAGGUUGAUUCUGAAGCCAAAAAAGAAUAUCACAGGCAAAUGGAGCGAGAUGCACUUUUGAGAAAGCAGCAUAAUAUUCAUGUUUCUGGUAUGAAUGUUCCGUCGCCUCUUCAGACUUUUGCGGAGUUAAGAUCGAGAUAUAAAUGCGGAUCAUAUCUAGUGCGUAACUUGGCGGAGCUUGGAUUUAAAGAGCCAACACCAAUUCAGAGGCAGGCUAUCGCAAUCCUCCUAUCUGGGCGAGAGUGCUUUGCUUGUGCUCCUACAGGUUCUGGCAAAACUUUGGCAUUUGUCUGUCCCAUGCUAAUUAAGCUUAAGCAUGCUUCCACCGAUGGUAUCCGGGCUGUUAUCCUACUUCCAACACGAGAAUUAGCUGCACAAACAGCAAGAGAGUGCAAGAAGUUGACGAGAGGAACAAAAUUUCAUAUCAAGCUGAUGACCAAGCAGCUUGUAAAUUCUGCUGACUUUUCAAAAUUGCAUUGUGAUAUACUAAUAUCAACACCUUACCGUGUACAAUAUGCUAUUCGUAAGAAAAAGCUUGAUUUAAGCAGGGUUGAAUACCUUGUCCUAGAUGAAUCUGAUAAAUUGUUUGAGCUUGGAUUGGUGAAGCAGGUUGAUAUAAUUGUUAAAGCUUGUUCAAACCCUUCAAUAACGCGUUCACUAUUCAGUGCUACAUUACCAGAUUCAGUGGAAGAGCUGGCACGCACAUUAAUGCAUGAUGCUGUCCGAGUCAUUAUUGGUAGAAAGAAUUCUGCUUCUGAAUCAAUAAAUCAGAAACUAAUAUAUGUUGGAAGUGAAGAAGGGAAGCUGCUUGCUAUACGCCAGAGUUUUGCAGAGAGCUUGAAUCCACCAGUACUUAUUUUUGUCCAAAAUAAAGAAAGGGCAAAAGAGCUUUACAAUGAAUUGAAGUAUGAUGAUAUAAAGGCUGAUGUCAUACAUGCUGAUCUGUUGCAAGCAGAGCGAGAAGACGCAGUCGACAAUUUCAGAGCUGGCAAAACUUGGGUUUUGAUUGCAACUGAUGUUAUUGCUCGUGGCAUGGAUUUUAAAGGAGUCAAUUGUGUGAUUAAUUAUGAUUUUCCGGAUUCUCCAGCUGCAUACAUUCAUAGAAUUGGUCGUUGUGGCAGAGCAGGGAGGAGGGGAGAAGCCAUUACUUUGUAUACAGAGGCAGAUGUCCCAUUUCUGCGUAACAUAGCAAAUGUGAUAACUGCUUCUGGCGGUGAGGUUCCAGCUUAUAUUCUGACAUUGCCCAAACGCAAGUGGAAGAAGCACAGACCGGGGAGAGAACCUAUAUCAGUGAAACCUCAAGAUGAGGAUGAAUAAGAACUUCUUGUUGCUCGGUUGCAGUUUAUAAAGUGCAGCCUGGCUAUAUAUUGGAAUGCAAUUUUGAUAGAUAUACACUUGGAAGUAGUUAAUUUAGCGGCCAAUCGGAUAUCUUACAGCUUAUCUUGCACCUCCUAUUUCUCUGUUAAGAUUUACAUGUAUCAUGUAUGUCAUCCAAUUAUGUAAUAAUAUUUUGUUACCAGUUGAUUUAUUUUACAUUUAUUUAAACUUUAACGUUUUUGAUC